AUGAAAUCUGGGGGCCAAAACAACGCUACAAUCUCUCAAGUCAUCAAUGCCACAGAAACCUGCUCAGUCAUUGACAGCAACCAAAAUAGUGGAAUGUUACUCGAUUCUGAAGAGAGCUCCGUGUUAAACUCGCUCCAUGAAAAUCAAACGAACGCAAGUACCCCGGCUACAAGUUACUCCAUGAGCUCGUUUUGUAUAGUCGAUAUAUCCUCUCAUGAGUCCGAAAAAUGCCUUGAUGAUUUCCGAGUAUUCAAGCUGCAAUAUUUUCCAUUUGUUCAUAUACCGAUAGACAUGACUGCUGUGCAACUCCAAAAAGAGCGACCGUUUCUAUGGCUUUGCAUUGUGUCAAUUAGUACCAAGUCGACCGCUCGCCAGAAAGCCCUUGGCUACAAAGUUCGACAAACAGUAGCCCAAAUUAUGUUACUUGAAUCCGAAAAAAGCAUCGAUCUUCUAUUGGGGCUUUUGACGUUUCUUGGCUGGGGAAAUUACCAUUUCCAUGGAAAGCCAUUUCUAUCUGUCUUCACACAUCUUGCGACAUCCCUGGUUUUUGAACUUGGUCUCCAAAAACCUGUCCAAGCGCCACCACCGAUCUUUAAUCUGAACGCUUGCCCGAUAGCCUCCGGGCAUCGUACUAUGGAGGAGCAUCGAGCGGCACUCGGCUACUUCUUGAUAAUAUCAGUACUUUCUUCAAUUGUUCCAGAGAUUGAGGCAUUUCGUUGGACACCCCUUAUGGAAGAGUCAUUCCGAAUCUUAGAAGAACGGGAGGAAGUUCCCAACGACAAGAUUCUGGUUCAGCUAGUUCAAAUGCAACUAGUCUUGGAAAAGAAUAAAUCUAGACAGACAUCGGGUGAUUCUGCACCUGGACAUGUGGACCCGCCCGAAGACCAGGUGAAAUUGUUUUCGGACAUGAAAACCAAGAUAUUUGAUUCUGCACCUCAAGAUGAUUGCUGUUUCAUUCAUUUCCUUCAACUCUCACGAAAUCACGCCAUCUCACCAUCUCAAAGCGACCGUCUCUACAUAGCUUUUACAUCAGCUCAGGCAUGGCUCGAUAUUUUAUUUAUGAUACCUCCGGCUGAAUAUGUUGGAUUCACAUUUGCCAUAUUCGCCCAAAUCUCCCGCUGUCUGCUAAUACUUUAUCGAAUUGCAACCCUUGGCUCUCCGGCCUGGUAUGAGGAUCAUCUUUUGAAGACAACCAACCCCCUCUCCCUCCUCAAUCGAAUCAUUAACAGCUUAGAGCAAGUUCCCAUCAUUGCCGGGCUCGACAGUCAUGAAGACCUCGAUGGAGAUGUCUUUUCUCGAUCGGCCAAACUUCUUCGGUCCUUUCAGCCCGAAUGGGAGGCGAAACUUGGCUCCGAUCAUAUUAUUUCCGAUAUAUCUUCUAUGCAAAAUGUGGAUUGGAUGGACUUUUCGGGCGAUUUCGGCGAUGAUAUUAUGUACAAUGGGUGGUUCAUGGAUCUCAUGUCUUCUACCUUUUGA